CGUCCGAUCCACUCCGGUCCACGCGAACAUGUCUCAGUACGUCGCCCGCGCGACGGGGGUGGCCAAGCAGGCGGCGGAGACGUUCUCCAAGCGGGUCGUGCCCCCCGCCGUGGACUACUACAACGCCACCAUGGCGAGGAACGCCGAGUACGUGGUGAAGGAUCCCGCCGCGGUGGACAAGCUGGGCAGGCAGCUCGUGUUCUCGAACCUCGCGAAGCUCCCGGGCAUGGUCGAGGGCGCUCGGGCGGAGGUGAACAUCGUCAAGCAGAAGUGGGCGGGACGCAUGGACCUCCCCAUGGCCGAGGUUGGAACCGCGGCGCUCUUCGCGGGCGAGGUUUACGCCUGGUUCUGCGUCGGGGAGAUCAUCGGCCGCGGCGGCUCCCUCACCGGCUACUAGGCCCGGCGCGACCGCCCGAUCACCUAGGGCUGUUGAGAGGAUCAGAGGAUCGUCUCCCCGGGCUUUUUGGGGAGCGGCUCGCAUUUUUCUCGUGUAUUUCAUCUCAUCAUUCACCGCGCCGUCGCGUCGGAACCUA